AUGACUUUCGCUUUGGGGAGAGCAUUACCACCAAAUUUUCAUGAAUUUCUGUUAUUUGAUUUAAGUAUUAGAUAUACUUUUUUACCACAAGCUACUGUUCCUGUAUGGUUACUAGUGUUAAUAUCGGCAGGUAUACCAUUAGCUCAAUUUGGUGUAUUUACAAUAUUGACUACAACAUCUAUUAAACGUAGAUUAUGGGAUUUUUUUGCUGGUUGUUUAUGUUUAUUAGGAGCUCAAGCUACUCAAAUUUGGGCAGUUUCAUUAUUAAAAAAUAUUACUGGUUUACCAAGACCAGAUGUUAUAGAUAGAUGUGAACCAAUGAUUCAAACUAUACCUUUUACUCAAUUAUCAAAUGUUGCAAUUUGUACACAACCAAAUUGGAAUUUGGUGAUGGAAGGAUUUAGGAGUUUUCCUUCAGGACAUUCUUCAACUGUAUUUUGUGGUAUGGUUAUAACUUCAUUAAAUAUGGCAGCAAGAUUACAAACUUUUGAUAAUAGAAAUAAUUCAUUUAAAGUAUUUUUAACUAUAUCACCAAUUUUAGGAGCAUUUUUUGUAGCAGGUACAAGAGUAAGCGAUAAUAGACAUUAUUUAAGAGAUGUAAUAGCAGGUAGUUUAUUAGGAGGAUUUGUUGGAGCUGUAUUUUAUCAUCAAUAUCAUCCAAGUAUAUUUAAAUUAAGAAAUAAUGGUAGAGCUUAUCCUCCAAGAAGAUUUGGAUUACAUAGAUUUUUUGGUGUUGGAGGAUUUUGGAGAAUUCAUGAUCUUGAGUUUGAAGAAGAUGAAGAUAUGAGGAGUGUUGAAAAUAGUGAAAUUGAAAGAAGAGCUUUACAAAAUGGAAAUUCUGAAGUUCAUGUUGAUUCAUUAGCCGAUAAUAUUAGAUAUAUUGAAAUAGUGUAA